GCUAUCAGACGCUGCUCGAGUAAAACUCUCCUGCAGAGUGAUAACUGAUAACGCUUCAGUUCUGAUGAUGACUAAAGUAAUGCUGGGCAAAACAUAUGAAAACUACAUUAAAUGUACAAUGUAGAAGUUGAUUUUUAUUCACAUGCAUUGUGCCGUGCGAUUGACGUCAUUUGCGCUCGUCUGGGAAUCGAUAUACUUCCGGUUAGUAAACAGUAAACAGUUUAGUAUUCCAUUUGUGACGAUACCACCCUUCUAAAAUCCUCACACUACAUGGUAGAGUGCACAGCGCAUAGUUUAAGGGCAUAGUAUCAUUUGGGACACAGCUGUAACAGUCUACAUUUUGCGCCCUAGCUAUGCCUUCCUUGCGCAAAUGCAUAUUACCUGGUUGCAACAAUAUAAAAAACAGCUCGGUCUCGUUAUUUAAAUUUCCUAAAAACGAUAAUGUGAGAAACAAGUGGAUUCAUUUUGUGAAGAGCCAUCUUGAUGGAGAGCUGACGAUCACCACCAACACCCGCCUCUGCAGUGAUCAUUUUACACCAGAUAAUUUUACUAACUUGAAUCAGAGACAACUGGGAUUUACUGACAGUCCGCUCUUACUGGUGAAUGCGGCCGAACCGACUAUCUUCCGUCCCUGCCUUCAUCCUCCUUUUCCGCCGAAAUCUGGUGCCACUGUCGGCAGCGCAUGCUCACCAAUGAGUCCGUCCCUUCCAACAACAAGAGAGAUGGAGUGCCAGUGUGACAGCAUGCAGAAAGUCACCAGAGAAGUUGGAUGUCAGACAGACCGCUUUGUGGGGAAAAGGACCGUAGCCACACAACUGUCUAAAAGAACACUAAACAACAGAAACACUACAGGUUCUCAAGCUACGGUAGCCACGAGGAGUGUUGCUGUGGGCACCUCUACAUCUAAGCUUCUUCCGAUCUGUUCUUCUACUCCAUUUAAGCGAAAGGCGGUAUCGCCUGAAAGACCACCAAAGCGUCCUCUAUUGGAGUUUCCAUCUUUUGAGGAAUCUGAAACCAGUUUUAACAUGGCAGAUCCCGAUGACUGCACCUACCUCCCCAGCAUGUCUGAACUGGUAGACACCACCAGUGAAAAAGCUUCAACCAAGACAUCUCAGGACAUGGUGAAAUACUUGGUAUAUGAGGACCGCCUGCUUGAGCUUUUUAAAAUCUGCCCCACCUGCUCAAGAGUCUGCAAGGCAGUCACAUUUAUAAAAGGAACCUUCCUUUCUGUGACCCAGAAGUGCCUCCACCAGAGUUGUUUAUUCACCAGAGAGUGGAAGAGUCAACCACUUCUAGGCAGCACUCCAGCAGGGAAUCUGCACCUAUCAGCCGCUGUCUACUACACAGGCUCUUCUUUCCUCCAGACUAACAAGGUGCUCAAUGCAAUGCAUGUGAGAACCUUCACCAAAAUGACACAUCGAAAUCAUGUGCAUAACUACAUUCUGCCUUCUGUGCUGCAUAAAUGGCGAUCACAUCAGACCAACCUGCUGGAGGGACUAAAACAGAAACAAAAUGUAUCUCUUGGUGGUGAUAUGAGAGCCGACAGUCCAGGCCAUUGUGCAAAAUAUGGCUCAUACUCCAUGAUGGAUCUCAGCACAAACAAAAUUGUUGAUAUCCAGCUUGUACAGAGCAACGAGGUGGGAAGCAGUGUCCAUAUGGAAAAGGAAGGGCUUAUCCGGAGUCUGGAAUUUCUUGACAGAUCUGGUGUCAAAGUAGCAUCCCUGUUGACAGACCGACACACCCAGGUUAAAAAGUGUCUUCGGGAACAGAAACCACACAUUAAUCACUUUUAUGAUGUAUGGGAUUUAUGUAAAGCACUCACCAAGAAGGUUGAUGCCAUCUCCAAGGAGAAGGACUGCAAAAAGAUCAAAAUGUGGCUAAAGAGCAUCAAAAAUCACCUCUACUGGUCAGCAGGCGGUUCAUCCAGUGGAGAGGAAACGGUGGCAAAAUGGACUUCUCUUCUCAACCACAUCCAGAAUGUGCAUGUCCAUGAAAAUCCACUAUUCCCCAAGUGCCUCCACCCUCCUUCCGCUGACAAAUACAAGUGGCUGAAGCCCGCAACAAAGGCCACCUACAAGCUGGAGAAGGUGCUAAUGAACAAGCGUGUUCUUGGUGAUGUGAAAAAGCUGAGCCCUCUCUACCAAACAUCUUCCUUGGAGGGUUUCCACAGCGUGAUUCUGCGGUUCGCACCUAAAAACGUGGUCUUCUCAUACUUGGGGAUGCUCUGCAGACUUUACUUGGCCGCAUUGCAUUUUAAUGAAAAUCAUGGCCGUACCCAAGCGAGUACUGCAGCAGGAGAACUGCAGUUCCAAAUUAAAUUUCCCAAGGCCAAGAGAGGGGAACAUGUGUCCAUGGUGAAAACCAAAUACACUACUGAAUAUGUGACUGAGCUUACAGAUCUCCUCUUUAACAAGAUCAUCCAUGACCCUGCACCCUUUGUGGCUGAGAUUAAAGCAGUGGCUGUUCCUGGAUUCCUGUGGUCAUAGUAUGUGCGACCUGAGAAAUCAAACGCCUGAUGAUUCUACCCCACUAUCCCCUUCCUAAUAAAUCAUCUGUUUUCUGCCAAUAUUUGGCAGUGUCUUCCAACAUCAUAUCUACCUGCCUCUGUUGCUACGACUUACCUCCUGCCUCAGUCCAUCCCUGCACUACAGCCUCACCAACAUUUUGUAAAACGGUAUCCCCAGCACCAGGAAACAAAACAUCUGUAAGACUGUAAUGAGAAAAUAACAACAAAAUGUCAUGUAAUCAUUUGAUAUUUAUCUAGGAUUGUUUUGGGUAGGUGGUGUUCUGUCUGAUAAUUGCAAUAAAAACCGACAGUGUGGAGUUGUUGUCAAUAUCUGUUGUCUUUGUAUAACAACACUUGUGAUGUAGUAAUUCUUAUGCUGGUGGUGCUAUAAAUAUAAUGUGAAAUAUAUGCUUGUGUUAUCUUUUUAUCAUCUGUCUUAUCUAUGUGUUGGUUGAUUGUAUAGGGUGAGAAGCCCACUUUAAGACAGCUGCAGAAUGAGUCCUACAAGACAGUGGAUGUUGCUCAGGAAGAUGAGGGAUGCACCCAGAUGCCUCAGUUAUUGGUCCAUAUUCAAAAGCUAUUAUGUGUGUGUUGAAUUAUAUUUACUUGUGGAUCUUGUACACCACUUUAUGUAUGUACUGCUUAGUGCUUUAGCCAAAUUGGUGUUAAUUGAGUAUGAUUGUUAAGGUUUGUCAGCACCAAGAUGCCUGCACUUAACCAAAGGUGUAAAAAACACUAAUGAUGAUGUCUUAGUGUUUAAACAUGUACGUUUCUACCUCACCCUCUAGUUGUUAUUAAAGUAAAUGCAUUGUUAUAUUAUAGAGUGCUGGU